AGGAAUUUGUCACCUUGUGAACAUAAGUGUGUGACGUUGUUGCUGCUGCUGCAAAUUGAUAUUAUCAUGAAAUCAGCAAGAGAACUAAUUGCGAACGUAUCUCUCGCGAUCGGUGCGGUGCGAACCACUCAAGAUUUGAGAUGUCCACCAGCGCACUCGCCAUAAGGUGGACACUACUGAUCAUUUGCGUUGCUUCGUCACAUCGGUCAUGUCUCGCUUCUGCGGAGCAAGGCUGCCUCUACAGGGACUACCCCGUGCCAAUGCCAUUGCAGGCGUUCGCCCAUUGGGGCUGCUGGGGUUGUUACAGCUACAUGCAGAGGUACGCCUCUGGCGGCCAAAUCCCCGUGAACUUCAAAUGCAAAGUGGACGGCUACAAAGUCCCGUGUGCGCACAACGAGAGCCUCUUCUUCGAUCGCACCGACGCGGAAAUGGUCACGCGAAUUUCUGCAUCGCUGCGGAACGAAGGGGACGCGGCCAAAUGGAUGCAGUGCUGCGAGGCAUCUGAGCGAUGCUGCCUUUCGCAUUUGCAAAAUUACAGCAACGAAGAGAAAAGGGAAAACGAAACAAAGUGCCCGGCGCUGUGGGACGGAUGGGAGUGCUGGGGGCAAACACCGCCUGCAGCAACAGCCCGCGGCUCGUGUCCCAGUUACAUCUAUUCAGGAGAGCCUCCCUCUUGCCAGUUGAGCAGCUGGAAAACGUGCUUUUCCAACGGAACCUGGGCCGUGCACACAGAUUUCACGUCGUGUUCGCUCACCUCGCAACUCCGGUCGAGGCACACUUUUCACAUUGUGAUUCUCGGAAUCUCGACCGGCGCCGCGCUCCCGGCGCUCGCAAUCUUCUUCCUGCUCAGGCGGAUCAAAAACACUAGAGUACGGCUGCACAGAGCCCUGCUGACCGCAAUCAUUGCAAGAAAUGUCCUUGUCAUACUCAACAAGAGCUUGGUCAUCUUGGACGACAUCAACUCCAAAGACGUAGAGUUGUCCGCGCUGGUGGAAAACGCAAUUUGGUGUCGCGUCCUAAAAGCGCUGGAAAAACUGGCAACCAACGCGGUGUUCUGCUGCAUGACCCUCGAGAGCGUCUAUUUGCACCAGCUUUUGGCCAGAGCGCUUCACGGGCUACCAAACAUGUUGCCUUUUUACAUCACAGCCGUCGCGCUGUGCGGCGUUUUCACUGGUACGUGGGUGGCUGUGACGGCGACGAUGAAUAACCAAUAUUGUUGGACGGUCGACGCCAACGAUUUGAAUUUGCAUUGGAUCAAUGAUUCGCUGCGAAUCGCACUCCUGCUGGUAAACACCGUUCUGCUCGCGGACGUCGUGCGAGUUCUUGCCAGCAAAUUAUCAAAGAUUAAAAACGUCACCACUUUCAGAAUAAGGAGGACGGUGAAGGCCACGGUGGUGUUGGCGCCAGUAUUUGGCGUUCAGUUCCUUUUCACGGCAGUUAGACCCGUCACUCAAGACUGUGUGGCGACGCAGGUCUACUACUACGUUUCCUACUCAAUGGAAGGCUUGCAGGCAAUUUUAGUAGCCUUGCUCUACUGCUACAUGAAUAAGGAGAUCCAAAUGGCGUUGCGCGUGUCGCUCGAGAGGAGAUUCGGCCUGAAGCUACGGAAGCCGCGACUGAGUCUGAUCACCGAUCUAACAGAAGUGGCAGCUGGAAAGAAGCAAAGUUUUGAUUUCAAUCCCGAUUUUAAAUAGAAUUUGAAUUUGCAUAUAUUUGUGCACUUCCUAAACUCAGGAAAAAGCCAGAUCAAUUUUUCUUUCAAUAAUUCCCUUUCAUAUAUACCAAAACAAGUUGCAUUUUGUAUUUUUAAAAUUGUCCGAGACACGUAUUAACACGUGACCAAAAAAAUUUGAAAAUAUUCACUACGCUGAAUAACUUGCGAACCCCUUCUAUUCAACUUGAAUUAUUUAUUAAAUUAAUAUUUUAUAACGAAGUAGUGGCGUAAUUUGUAUUGAUGCUAGAAAUAAAAUUGCGACGCAGAAUCCAUCUCGCACGACACUCAGGGUGACGCUAGAUUGCAAAAUGAAGACAGACAUGGUUGAUUUUUCUCUGCCAAGACAGAAUUACAGAGCGUCUAUUCCUGUUUAGUAAGUGUUUCACGAGACAAGCCAGCGCAAUAAUAAUUUCUCUUGCUUGAAACACCUCAACUCAACCUGAACACCCUGAGAUUAUAAUUAAGAUUAUGACCUAUUUAUCUCAAGAAAACUCUCGAUACCAGGUAUACAAUAAGAUAAGAAUCAUUGGUCAGUUAAUAAAUUCGUUUCCUAUA